AUGGACUCGCCUCGUGGCUCGGAAGGACCCCGGCCGGUCAACACUUCAGUGGAGAAAUCUGGGAGUCGCGUGUCGCCUAGCGCAGCUGCAAAUGGCCAUGGCUCUCCUAUCGACAAAAAGCGGAAAUUGGGAGAAGAGGAGGACACAUCAAGAUCUGCUGCGGAGGACCGUUUCGGCUCCAAGCGCAAGCGAGUUCAGGAACGACACCAAAAGCGAAGACCCGGCCGAUCACCGCACUCCGUUUAUUCACGACGCGAUGCAGAUGAGAACUCACGCGUGCCGAACCGAAGCGACCAGUCGCGCAGAUCACCAUCUCCGUUGCCACCUCGUCGUUCGCCCACACCUGAAGCGCAGGCGCGACAGCGGAAACGGCCGGGUGGUGGUGCACGUCGAGGCCUCGUGGACCCUGAAACAAUUCGCAGGAGACAAGAAGAGCGAGCGCGUGCUCAGGAAGAUGAUGCCAUGCGUUAUUCUCAAAGUCGAGGCGUGACUGAUAUCGUUCGCCAACACUACAAUGCCGUGCCUCAGCGCGGCAGAGAAUGGCGCAAAACCGAGAGCAAGAUCAAAGGACUGCGCAGCUUCAACAACUGGGUCAAGAGCACCCUUAUUCAGAAGUUCUCACCUGAUGAGGAUUUUGUUUCCCAAUCCCUUGAUACUAAGGAUUGGGCAAAUGGCGCUGCGCCGCCGCCUGUGGAGGAGAAACGGCUGCUAGUCAUCGACCUUGGCUGUGGCAAAGGCGGGGAUUUGGGUAAAUGGCAGUUAGCACCUCAACCUAUUGAUCUCUACGUCGGCCUUGACCCUGCGGACAUCUCCAUUGACCAGGCACGGGACCGCUACGCGCAGAUGAAAACCGGACGGGGGCCGCGUCAACGCCGUGGUCCUCUUUUCCAUGCAGAAUUCGCACCGAAAGACUGCUUUGGUGAAUGGCUGGGGGAUGUUCCCAUAGUGCAGCAAGUGGGAAUCGAGGCCAACGUAGGGCCUGGGGGCUCCGUCAUGGCCUCGCGAUGGGGUGGCGGCGGAUUCGAUGUUGUUGCAUCCAUGUUCACGAUCCACUAUGCUUUCGAGAGCGAGGACAAGGCAAGGCAGAUGCUACGUAAUGUUGCAGGAUGUCUAAAAAAGGGUGGUCGCUUCCUCGGAGUUUGUCCAAAUUCGGACGUCAUCAGCGCCAAUGUGGCCGACUAUCACACAAAGCAAAAGGCAACUGAAGCUGAAAAGAAGAAGGAAGCUACAGAGCCUGAAGAUGGAGAAGUGGAAGACGAUGUGAAGAAGGCGGAAUGGGGAAACCCCAUCUACCGCGUGCGCUUCCCUGGAGCUACUCCCGAAGAUGGAGUAUUCCGGCCUCCCUUUGGAUGGAAGUACAGUUAUUUCAUGGAAGAAGCUGUCGAGGAGAUUCCGGAGUACGUCGUGCCUUGGGAAGCAUUCCGAGCGUUGACCGAAGAAUACAACCUUGAGCUGCAAUACCGAAAGUCAUUCCUUGACGUAUGGAAGGACGAGAAGAAUGACUCGGAACUUGGCCCAUUGAGUGAGCGGAUGGGGGUCCGUGAUAGGGCUACCGGCGAGCUCUUGAUGACAAAGGAGGAGCAGGAAGCAGCAAGACCCUCACGCGGACUAUCCAACCCCGCCUCAAGCUCCAGACGCAGAGACAGAGACCGCGACCGCGAUCGAGGUUCACCCAGCCGAGAAGGAACGCCUCCUCUGCCCGAGUACGAAGCGCCCAUUGCCCCACUCACCGACCCCGGCCGACAAGCCCUCAUAGCCCUCCUCCGCUCACAGAACCUGCGCUCACUCAAAACACAUAUCCACCACGUCGAAACGAAGCUCACAGAUGCGGCAGGAGAGGUAAACGAGCGGUUGGCGGACGCGAAACUGCGUGCGAAGAAGAAGGCCGAGAGGCAGAGGGAGAGUAGAGAAGCUAGCCGGUCCACGACGGAGGUUGAAGGUGGUGAGAAUGUCAAUCUGGACGACAAGGAGGAUCCGGAGGAAGCAGAGCGGUUGAGAGAGUUGGAGGAACAGGUAGAGGCUGUUACGGGGCGGUUGGACAAGAAUAUGCGCAGGGCGAUUGAUUCGGCCGUUAGGAUUGACGGGUUGAGUAAUGCCUUGAACAAGUUGCAGGGCGAAGCGGAGGUGGCUGCGACUGCGAACAAUCAACGGCAGAGGCAGAGGCGGCGAAGACGUGCUGAGGUGGAAGAUGGGGAUGAGGAUGAGAACGGGGAUGGGGACGGGGACUUGUAUGAGGCCUCGCCUCAGACGGAGGUAGACGUGGAGCAGAUUUCGCUGAGAGCGAAGCUUGAGCGAGCAAUGGCUGAGGACCAAGAGAAAUGGGAGGAAAUGACAUUGACAGAACGGUACUCCAAACAUAACGAUUAUAUCGGCUUCUACCGCAUGAUCCACGAAGCCAAGCACCCCGGCGACAAUGUGCCUCCCCUUCCGCACGCCUCAACCUGGUUCGCGCACCUCGAAGACCCCAACACCGCUACGCGGUCAUCCUCCUCACGCACGACCCGCCAACAACGCCCCCGAACCACCUCGGCCGCCUCUGACUCCGACGAUCUCGCCAUCGAGAGCGAGCGCAUCUCCCUCAAAUGCCCCAUUACCCUCCUCCUCUUCCGCGAUCCUGUCACCAGCACAAAAUGCCCGCACAGCUUCGAGCGAGACGCCAUAACUUCCAUGAUCGAUCAGAGCGCCCUUACUAUCGCUGCCGCACCAUCAACAUCCGGUCGCGGUGGCCGCCGUAUCCGCGCCGUGAAGUGCCCUGUCUGCGAGGUGGUCCUGACGAACAAUGACCUCCGCCAGGAUCCCGUGCUGGUAAGGCGUGUGCGUCGUGCCGCGAGAAGACAAGAGCGUGAGGACGAGGAGGAAGCGGAGCUGGGACUCUCGGGACGGAGGAAGGGCAGGGUUACUCUUGGGAGCGAUGAUGAUGAUGAUGAGGAUGAAAGUCGUGGUGGGGGUGCCAGUCGCGCCACGACGGUUGAUUACAUCCGAAUCAAGCAGGAGAGGGCGAGAUCACGCGGCGUUACUGAGGUUGAGGAUCAUGAGGAGGAGGAUGAGCAGGCUACUGCACCGGAGAGUGACACGCAUGGUUCGAAUGAGGAAGAAAGCGAAUCGGGCUCAAGUGACUCGAAUGAGGAUGAUGAGAUGGAAGAAUAA